AUGGCCAUGGCUCAACCUUUUUACCUUUAUUUUCUUGCUGCUUUGCUUUGUUUUCUUUUGCUGAAGGUUAGUUCCACCCUCCACAGCAGCAGCAGCAACACCAACAACAAUGGACUCAAAUACCUACAUUUGACAUUUUAUCAACACGAUACCUUAAACAAAACCUCAUUUGUCAUAGUGAGUGGUGUGGCAGGAGUAGCAGCUGUUACUUCAACCACAUCACCAUUUGGCUCCCUGUUUGUUAACCAAGAUCUCUUGACUCUGACACCUGAUCCAUCUUCAAAAGUUGUUGGCAAUGCAGAGGGAUUUUCCGUAACAUCUAGUUUUAAUGGGCUAAACAACAUUCUUGUUCAAAAGGUUACUUUGCAGUCGAAGGAUCACAUGGGGUCACUCACUGUUAUUGGAAACGGACAAAGCAUCCUCCCUUCUGAUAUUUCCAUUGUGGGAGGAACAGGUGACUUCAUGUUUGUACAAGGGUAUGUGAGAUCAACUCUAGUUUACGCCAAGAGCUAUACCCUUACUUACAAGGCUGACUUUCACAUUUACUGGCCCCCUUAUGCAAAUCAAGUUUCUCUUCAUAACUAA